AUGACAGUUGAUGUUACUCCGACUUCGGUAUCUGGUAUUAAUAUAAAAAGCUCGCAGAAUCGUCUGCUCAUCAAGAAUGGGAAGGUUGUCAACGAUGAUGGAAUGGAAGACUUGGAUGUCUAUAUUGAGGAUGGAAUUAUUAAACAAGUGGGUCGCAACCUCAUCAUCCCUGGAGGCACCAGGACUAUCGAUGCCACUGGGAAACUAGUCAUGCCAGGAGGCAUCGACCCUCACACGCACUUUGAACUUGAGAUGAAUGGUGCUAAGGCAGCUGAUGACUUCUACAAGGGAACGAGGGCUGCUGUGGCCGGAGGCACUACAACUGUCAUUGACUUCGUGCUACCGCAGAAGAACCAGUCUUUGCUGGAAGCAUAUGCUAAUUGGAGAGAUAAGGCCGAUAACAAGGUAUGUUGCGACUACGGUCUUCACGUAGGCGUAACGUGGUGGUCUCCAUCAGUGAAGAAAGAGAUGCAGAAGUUGGUGACAGAGCAGUAUGGUGUCAACUCCUUCAAGAUGUUCAUGGCUUAUAAGGACUUGUGGCAGUUGGAUGAUUAUGACUUGUACUGUGCAAUGGAAACGUGUGCUGAACUGAAAGCGCUACCUCAGGUUCAUGCCGAAAACGGCGACAUCAUAGCCCGUAACACUGAGAAGCUACUAGCAGCUGGAGUAACAGGCCCCGAGGGUCACGAGCUCUCUCGUAAUGAGGAGGUUGAAGGCGAGGCUGUUAAUAGGGCGUGUGUUAUUGCCAACCAGGCGAAGUCACCCCUGUACAUUGUACACAUGAUGUCAAAGAGCGCAGUCCGGAUGUUACAAUUGGCGCGAACUCGCCAGCGCACUCCACUGUUUGGAGAAACCCUGGCUGCUACUGUUGGAACAGAUGGCAGCCACCAGCGCAACGCGUGCUUCCGUCACGCGGCGGCGCACGUGCUGAGCCCGCCGCUGCGCCCCGACCCCGCCACGCCCCAGGCCAUGUGCGAGGCGCUCGCUGAUGACUACAUCCAGGUGAUCGGCAGCGACAACUGCACGUUCCACGAGAAGGACAAGGAGAUCGGCAAGAACAACUUCUCCAAGAUACCCAACGGAGUGAACGGUGUUGAGGACCGCAUGGCCAUCCUCUGGCAAAAGGCUGUCAACACUGGUAUAAUGGACCCGUGUCGGUUCGUGGCGGUGACCAGCUCGAACGCGGCCAAGAUCUUCAACAUCUGGCCGCAGAAGGGGCGCGUGGCCGUCAACAGCGACGCGGACAUCGUCGUGUGGGACCCGCGCCUCGAGCGGACCAUCUCCGCCGCCACGCACAAGCACGCUGUUGACUUUAACAUCUUUGAGGGUCAACAUGUGGUAGGGAGCCCACAAUAUGUGAUUGUCAGUGGACGCGUUUGUCUCGACGAUGGAGAACUGAGGGUAGUCGAGGGGUUCGGUCGGUUCCUGAAGACGCCGGUGGGCAGCCCGCUGGUGUACGGGGAGGGGCAAGAGCGCGCGGCCCCUGAACCCGAGCUGCUGCACCUGGACAUCCAGCACAAGGUCUCCAACGGCUCCCCGUCGCCUGAUUUCGGUAUGACCAAGAGCAUGGACGGGCUGUCGGUGUCGGGCUGCAGCACGCCCACGGGCCGCAAGAUGCGCGAGCCGGGACAGCGCAACCUGCAGACGUCCACCUUCUCCAUCAGCAAAGAGGUGGAGGGACUGGACACGAAGACGUCGGUGCGCGUGAGGAACCCCCCUGGGGGCAAGUCCUCCGGCCUCUGGUAG